AUGAAGAUCAAUGCGAACGUUGCUUCACCGAGCCCGAGCCCCUCUGAGGUUGGCGGAGGAUAUGCCACACGACGAGGACAUGGACCUCAUCUGUCGAUCAGUGACCCGAGUCACCAUGUCACGGAAGCGAUCGGCCAUAUGUACGAAGAUGAUUACGACAAACGGGAAUCGAAACGCCUCAGCUAUAUCCCCUCCCCUCUGACCGAUACCAUCUCGAUCAUCCCCCCGAAACUCGCCGGUGCCGAAUCGCCCUCGUCGCCGCAGUCGCUCCAAGUACAAAGCCAUCUAAAUGAAAUAAACAACAAUAGACAAACAAAUGGACAGUCUCGCCCGCCCGCGGGUGCCAAAUCUUUGGAUAGUACCAGCCCAACCUCCCCUACUUCAACCACUUCCCCUGGAUCGACCGACACCGCCACCACCUCCUUCCCGCUUAAUGAUAUCGACUACGAAUCCAACCCUGCCGCCGUAGCUCAGGAGCUUAACAAUUUGGCCGCCAUUCGGCGGAUGUCUAUGGAUGUAGCAGCCACGGGCGAUCCGGAUCUUCCCAGCUUUAAUCCCAACCUCUCCGUACCGUCGAUUGCCCCGUCACCUUCCGACGAUGAAAACGAUGCCUCCCGACUCUUUUGGGUUCCAGCUCGCUUGCACCCGGAGCUGGCCCCGAAAGAAUUCAGGUCCUUUCUCGAAAGUAAAGCCGAUCAUAUCAAACGAAAAUCGGGCGAUUUCUCGACUUUGGGCCCUGAACGUGAAGGGUCUAACGGAGGUCUUCGGCGUAAGAAGUCCAUGCUGUCUAGACAGAUCGACACUUCCCAAAACUACACCGACGGUGCGGAGCGGCUCGAGAGGAAACGAUCAAAGUCGUCCAAAGGGGACGGCCCCAAUCUGCAAGAGCUGGAGACCCUGGUGGACGACUCGCUACCCCGAAGUGCCAGCUCGUCCUUGUUGAGCGAGAUGCGGAACCUCGAUAUCGCCGAAGAGGAUAGGCCUAUCCUCCCGCCGGCGCCUCCCGGCCACAGUCUCAGGCGGUCCACGAGAACCCAAUACAGGAAAGCCGGCAGCUUGAAAAAGGGCGAGAAAGUUCCAUAUUCCAAGCGUCUGGCGCGGACGUCGGAUACCAGCGAAGGCGCCGCGCCGGCUUUAACUGGAGAAAAUCCCGUCCUGGGUCUGAGCCGGGUAUCGACCGAUCCCACUCCCAGUGCGACGCGGGCGGCAAAGUCCACGCAGGCAACGGCGGGCGGCUCCGACGAGGCCAUGGGCCCCUCUAGGGGUUCAAGCCCAGAGCAGCAACAAUUUGGUAACGAGCAUUCGGAUGAGUUAUCAGCAGAAUCCAGGAGCAGGUCGGGCUCCCAGUCGCAACACCGUCAAUGGCAUUCCCGAAUCAGCUCCAACGGGAAAUCCACCCUGCAUAUACCUCCGAACGAACAGAAGAUUCCCGAGAUUAUCGAAACGCCCCCUCUGGAACCCGCCGCAACGCCAGAACCCGCUUCUCCGCAGUCCCCCUCCAAUCCCAGCCGAGGAUCUUCUUACGACCCGCCCCCGUCUGCAGUACCCGCGAAAACCCAGCCGGCUUACGAUCAGAGCUCCUCCAAACGGUCUCAGCAGACCCGCGCGUAUGGCAAAGAGAGUACGCCCUCGUUCAACGAAUUCGCCAACACCCCACAAGCUCUCCCAGGCAACACGACCCGCACGGACAGCCUUUCGUUUAUUCCUACAUUCUCCGAUGAUCGCAAAGCGGAUACCAAGACAGAAGUCAAGUCGGAAGGCAAGAAAUCCAAGGACAAGAAGGACUCGGAAGGCGGACGCAAGUCGAGCUGGCACUGGUUGCUCGGCUCGGAAGACAAAGACAAAGAAAAGGAAAAGAAGAAGGAUAAGGACAGCGACUCCAAGAAGAUCAAAUCCAAGAUUGUCGAUAAGGUUCACGAGACGGCGCACGCCUUGCCGAUCAGCGACUCCAACCAGCGCGGACGAGAAAGUAUUGUGGUGGAUCGGCUUGAUCCCAAGCUAGAAGAAGAGCGCCGCAAAGACCACGUUCGUCGUACGUCUGGCGAGUCGAAGAAAGAAAAGGAGUCCGGGCUGUUCUCUUCUAUCUUCGGCGGUGGCCGGAAGAAGGGCAGCGGAGAUAGUAGUCAUAAAAAGACUGCAUCUCGGACUCUAUCUCCCGACCCCCCUGUCCGCGAGCUUCGACCGGAUGUCGACUUCCCAUGGACUCGAUUUUCGAUCCUGGAGGAACGGGCUAUUUACCGGAUGGCUCAUAUCAAGCUUGCCAACCCGCGGCGUGCGCUAUAUUCCCAGGUCCUACUCAGCAACUUCAUGUACUCGUACCUGGCCAAGGUACAGCAGAUGCAUCCUCUGAUGCUCGCGUCGUCGGCGCAGCAGAGGCAACAGAAGGCUCAGGCCGAGGAAUAUCUACAGUAUCAGCGAUACCAAGAGGCACAAGAACAACAACAGUAUAGCGAUGGCUCUUAUGAGGAGCAGCAAAUGUAUAAUUAUCAUGAUGAUCAGCAUGACCAAUACCGGUCGCAGUCGCGGGGUGGUAAGCAAGGCUAUGAGAAUGGAAAUGGAUACGGAUCAGGACAUCACCAGUACGGUCACUCGUCGUUUGGAGAUGACGUCCAACUCGACGAUGACGAUGAUGACAUGUGGUGA